CAGGCGCCGGCAGAGAAGACGCGGCACCAGCGGUGGAAAGUUGACUGCGAGUCAGUUCAGCGGAAGUGAAGCUCUCGCGAAGUCGGUGAAGGCAACAGGUGUCAGUUCCUCGUCUGCUUGUCGUUAUUUAAAGGCUUCGCAGUUGUUUGGACAGUGAGGACAAAAGUUUUCGUCGGUUAGAAGAGUAACAACAUGUCAAACCUCCGACCCAGACUUUGUGUGCUGAAGAAGGACUCCGGCGGCUUCGGGUUCCACCUGCACGGAGAGAAGGGCAAGACCGGGCAGUUUAUCCGGCUCGUGGAGCCCGAUACUCCCGCCUCCGCCGCCGGGCUUCUCGCGGGCGACCGCCUGGUGUUCGUGAAUGGAGAGAGCGUGGAGGGCGAGAGCCACCACCAAGUGGUCGCCAGGAUACGGGCCACGGUCGGGGCUCUGGAGCUUAUCGUGGUGGACGCCGAAACCUCGGAGCUGCUGAAGAAACACAACCUGCAGUGCCGGAAAGAAUUCGUCACGGAGGGGAUUCCCCUGCCCGGCGGGGACAGCGACUCAGAGCGCGGGGACGCACAGAGCAACGGCACCCCGAGGGAGUCCAGCCCCGUCCCGCGAGAGAACGGGGACGCGUCCUCGGAGAGGUCGGACAGGCUGAGUGUUAGCUCCAGCACCAAGGAGCUGCAGGAGGAGCGAGGCGGGCCGCGGCCUCGUCUCUGCCACCUGAAGAAGGGAGCCAAUGGCUACGGCUUCAACCUGCACAGCGAGAAGUCCAGACCAGGCCAGUUCAUCAGGGCAGUGGAUGAAGACUCUCCAGCGCAGAGAGCAGACCUCAGACCACAUGACAAGAUCAUCCAGGUGAAUGGCGUGUCAGUGAUCGGCAUGCAGCAUUCAGAGGUGGUGGCGGCCAUCAAAGCAGGUGGAGAUGAGACCACGCUGCUGGUGGUUGAUGCUGAGACUGAGGAAUUCUUCUCCAGAUGUAAAGUCCUGCCCACCGAGGAGCACGUCACUGGACCUCUUCCUGAACCAGUGUCAGAGAGAGCAUCAGACGGGGAGGAGGCAGCAGCAGAGAGGACGCCCAUAGUGUCCACCUUCAUGCCCACUCCAGAGGUUGAGAGGGCUCCGGAGCUGGCCCCAGCAGUCGAGGGCCUGGAUCUGGGCGUGUCCGUGGCCCAGGCCAAAGAAAGAGUCCGUCAGAAACGAGCCGCCAAGAAAGCCCCAACCAUGGACUGGACCAAGAGGAACGAACUGUUCAGCAACUUGUAAACAUCAAAAUCAUCUUCUUCAUCAUUAUCAUCAUCACAGUGUCCACUUCCUCCCGACCGGCUGCACUGCCCUGUAUCUGGUGUCCGAGUUUAGUUGUCACGUUGUCGCGCUGUGCCUGAAACACACAGCGUUCAUUUAGAACAUUUGAAAUUGCCACGUUAAACCAGUAUUAUAUCAUGAUUUUAUUUGUUUUCAUUUAGGGUUUUUGCCACUUUUCUUUCAUGUCUAAAUAAUGGUCGAAAUGUCAUCGUCACACACAGGAACAAAUGUUAAUAUAUUAAGAAUGUUUGAAAGAGAAAAGGAGUAAUGUACAGUUUCUCACAUGAGAAGAAGCAUUUAAGGAAUAAUGGGACACAAGGAAAAUUGACAAAAUUGGCAGAUUAUGCAGCCAGAAUUUAAAUCUUCAGUUUAAAUGAAUGAAGUCAGAUUUUUGACGUCUGCAAUCAGCAACUAGAAUGAAAGAAUUGAUGUUUUCUAGUCGGUGUCUGUGAUUGGACAAUGCUGAACGACUCUGCUGAGCCCGUAUUGCCAACAUUCCAUGACAGUCUGUUUUCCUGUCGAGGCGGUGUUUGAACUCCAUCAGUGUGUUAAAGUCUUAAGAGACGGCUGAAGGGACUGUGUUGUUUUUUGAACCAUCAAAGCUCUGGUAGCCUUACUGGAAACAGUUCUUCAUGUCUGUCCAGUUGUCCUUCCCUCCAGGGCUUCUGUCACGAUACACUGUAUGUUUGAUUCAAGGAAAUUACAGAUUAUUUUUUCAUGUUGCUAUUGGUAGAUUUGUACAUAAGCAAAUAAAUGAUUUAAGAGGA